CAGUGGUAUUGGCCCGAGGAGAACAACGUCUACAGGAUGUUGCAGAUGAGUCGAGCAGAGUCGCGGUACCAGUGGUCGCAGAAGUACGCCUUCUUCCGGAAGCAUUUCCAGGCGGGCCACAUGUCGGCCGAGGCCUGGAACACGAUCGACACGGCCUACGACAACAUUUACAACGAGAAAUCGCGCUUCCUGUACGACUUCUGGGGCCCCGGCCAGGAGGAAAUGUCGGUGUACGAGACGCAAAUCAACGUCGGACUCUUCUACGUGCUCUGGAUCGCCAUCAUCUAUGCUGUCACGACGCCGAAGGCGGCCCAAGCUGCGAGCAAGAUUUCUUUCGUGGCACUCAUGGCUCUUCUUGCCAUCGAGAUGACGGUGCGGUUGACCCGCUACGACCCGGUCAUCACUGAAAUCGCUCCGUUCACAACUCCGCGCGAGUAUUUGCUGUGGGGCCACCGGUUCUUCCCAAUUGUCGUGUUUACCGUGGUUAUGAUCAAGAAGGUGUUUUACGUGGAUAUGGAGAAGCACCACCAGCGCGUGCUGAUUCACAUGCUGGAGAAGAAUAUGGAAACGGUGGCGGAAUUGCUAGAGGUGGGGAAAGAGCUGAUGCCCGAGGCCGCGACUUCGAACAAGACUCCGAAAAAGUAG